AUGGCGAAGAAAGCGAAGGCGCCGAGAGAUGAAAAUGCUGAAAGACGAAAGCUUGAGAACAGAUUCUGCGUUCGAAUUUCUAGCGCCGCUUUUGAGUUCGCCGUUGAUGGCCUCAAGACCUUCCACCCCCAAAUCAUCUCUGAUGAAGCCCAUCCUUGGAAGCCCAUAGAAUUUUUGGCCCGAGCAUUCGAACUGUUCAAUAAAACCCAUUGGUAUUCCAAGUCAUGGGUGGAUCGUUUGAGGUGGGACCGUGAUUCGGCCUCGAUUUUCAUGGGCGAGUUUUUAACUAGAUGGGAGGUUGUUCUGGAGUCACCACCACCUAAAGGUUUUGGCGUCUUGUUCUCAGAUUGUGCUAAGAACAUUAAUAUUUUAAGGAAAAAUGCUUAUUCACAUCGGUCUAGUCGUAGAAUUGCUAAGUUCCUGGACAUGAUUCAAGACGAACUGAUUUAUGCUUUCGAGCGUCACUUAACAGUCAGUCAAGUUGAUGUUGCUCAGGUGGUGAGCACUCUGACUGAUGUUCCGCCUACUGUAAUUCUGCCGUCUAUUGACCACCAGAAGAAGGCAAUUUAUAUGACGUGUCGGGGUCUGUUGGAACAAAACAACAUGAUUCAUGAAAUUUACGCAACAUUAGUCUCCACAAGUCGAGUCGAGCCAGUAAUAACCUCUCGAGGGGUUCUUUUCUCUUACUGGGCUCCACGGGAACCGUUUUUAUUUUUCUGUCUGUUUAGUUCGACGGAGAAGCAUGAGGACUUUUGGGGCCGCCUUACAGGAGUUGUGGCGAGACGUCCUUACUUGGUGAUUGUUAUAGACAAGAUCGAGAAGACCUCUCCUUCUAUUAUGAGGGUUCUCCUCGAGCUUAUGCGCGGUGAAGCUCAGUCAAGUGAUGUUGUCGAGUUCUCUAAUUCGGUCAUCUUCAUGACGUCAGGUGUAGGGUCCGAUCAGCUUGAUUUGCGAUGUGUGUGCCAUAACCGAAACGAAGAUACUUGGAACCAGUUCUUGAGCAAUCCGUAUAUAUUCCGUACGACUCACGAUUGCGUUUUAAAAGGCAGUGGUCCCGAAAGAGCGCUUGCCGAGGCGAAAAAGUUGUUGGGCACUGAUCUGUUAGAUUCGGUUGAUAAAGUUUCUAUUUUCAAGAGGUUUACGAAUUACAGGAGUGUUCUAAGGGUGCUUCUGAGGAAAAUUGUUAGCCAACUCUUUGGAGACAAAAGACUCAUUGUGCAUGCCUAUGAUGAAGUGCUAAAUUUUUUAUUCCUUGAGGCUCUACAAAAGUUUGGUAAAGGUGGGAAGGCUUUAGAAAACGUUUUGCAUGAGCACAUUGUUCCAUGGCUAACAACAGUAGAUGACCUUAAAACAGAUGUUGUGGUGCGGGAUGAUAAACUUGUAGGGGCACGUGAACUAUUGUUUAGCUUCCAAGAAGAAGAAACAUGUGCGGACGAUUGGUAUUUCACGUUCAAGGACGGGACCUUUAAUAAAACCACUGGCAAUGCAAGGAUGAAAGUGGAAUCUAUGCACUGGAUAUUCAACUCUAUAAGCGAGUACAAGCGGUUGUUGCAGUGCAGAAGUGGCAAGCCUGAUUCGGGUCAUCUAUUUGUGGAUAUUUGUGAUGAGAUCCUAAGAUGGUCCCCGUUGCGUGAGCGACAACCAUUUCAUAAUCUUUCUUUGGAUUUAUAA